UCUGAACCUUGCAUCGCACGAUCCAGGUUUGGUUUCCCUUCUAAAUAGAAUGUUCUUUUAUCCCUGUACCUAUGACGCCGAGGUUUUCUACGUGAGCCGGGGGGAUGCAUGCCCAUAGACCGAGCCAUAGACCAAAAAAAAGACUCUUGAAAUUUUAUUAGCCUGCAAUUAUUCCCAACAUAAUCGAAGAUUCAACAAUCGCCGACGCGAUUUUCUUCUUUUUUCUUUUCUCCACCGACUCUUAUUUAUUUAUUUGCUAAUAAUUAAGAAAAUAAGAAGAAUAACAUCAUGUCUUUAUUGUUCGGUUACUCAUAGGAUCAAUCGAUUUUAUUACAGUAAAAUAUUAAAGACUUACCGCUACAAAUGAGUGUAAUCACGCUACCAUGAAAUGCCCUUCGAUCAAUUCGCUUGGCCGACUUGCCAGCAACCGAUCAUGGACUUGUUCGAACUGCCGCACCCAAUUACUUUUAGCCCACGUUAGAACGACACAGCGUUCCAUUGCGAGACAAUAUGCGACUAAAUCGUCAGGUUACUCGAAGCGAACAACGAAACCUCCAAGGACACGAGUCACUAUAUUGACUGCAGCGGCAACUGCUGCUACAGGGGCUGGGGUUCUGGCUUUCACGGAUGAAAUAAAAUAUGGUUAUGAGACUACGGAACGAACAGGAAGAGUCGCUGCCGCUCUAGCAAUAUGUAUCAAUGAUUAUCGAACAACACUAAACCAGCGAGAUCAGACCGAAGAUCCCAAAGAAAAGGAGUCACUUUUAGAGUCAUGUCAUAAGAGAUGUGCGAAACGAACACUUAAAGUCCUCGAGAAAAAUGGAGGUAUAUUUAUUAAGCUAGGACAACAUUUGAGUGCUAUGACAUAUUUACUCCCACGCGAGUGGACCGAUACGUUUAUACCGCUACAAGACAAGUGCCCCGUGUCUUCAUUCGAGUCGAUUGAGCAAAUGUUUCGAUUUGAUACGGGCGAAGAAUUAAAAGAUUACUUUUCGGAAUUUUCUGAACAACCGAUAGGGGCUGCUUCUCUAGCACAGGUACAUUUGGCAACGGUAAAGGAGACCGGUCGAAAGGUUGCUGUCAAAGUCCAGCAUCCUGUGUUGGCGCAAUGGACACCUCUUGACCUAGCAUUAACGAAAUUCACGUUUUCGACGUUGAAACGAUUCUUCCCAGAGUAUGAUCUGGAGUGGCUAUCAUCCGAAAUGGAAGUUUCCUUACCGCAGGAACUUGACUUUCAGCUUGAAGCCGCCAACGCAAUCCGUACACAGGAAUACUUCUCACAAAUCCCCGAGUUACCCCUCGUAAUUCCUGAAGUACUAUGGGCAAAAAAGCGAAUUUUAGUGAUGGCCAACGAGUCCGGCCACCGACUCGAUGACCUCGAGUACCUUGACUCAAACCACAUCGACCGGGAUGAGGUUUCAGCGACCCUUGCCCGGACCUUCAAUGAGAUGAUCUUCGGCAAGAACGCUCCCCUACACUGUGACCCGCAUGGCGGCAACCUGGCCAUCCGGAAGGCAUCCCGCCGUCGCCCCGGUGGCGCCAAUUUUGAAAUCAUCAUCUACGACCACGGUUUAUACCGGGAUAUACCCGAGGACCUCCAGCGGUCGUAUGCGAAGAUGUGGCUCGCGGUCAUCGACGGCGACAUGACCGCCAUGAAACAAUACGCGCAUGAGGUCGCGGGUAUAAAUGACGAACAAUUCCCACUCUUUGCGAGCGCGAUCACUGGACGGGAUUUCACCACCGUACGAACAUCGGUCCUAACAGAGCGAUCCGAGGAAGAAAAGAAGUCGAUGGGAGAUGCGUUGCAGGAGGGUCUGUUAUCAGAUCUAGUUACGAUGCUGGGACAGGUUCCAAGGAUUAUACUGCUUAUUCUUAAAACCAACGAUUUGACAAGAAGUCUGGAUGAGAAUUUACAUACACGCCAAGGACCUGUGAGGAGUUUCAUGAUUCUGGCGAGGUACUGUGCGCGUACGGUUCUAAGGGAGCAGGUCGAAGAAAUACGAGCCCGUCCCGGAAGUCUACUGAGACCCGGCAAUGCGCUUAGGUUUAUCGCCGCGUGGGUGGGCUUCCUAAGAGUUGAAAUUAAGCUGGAGGCCUUUGAGCUCUGGCUUAGUGUUAAGAGGAUGGUCGGGCUUAAUACAGGGAGUUAUGGAAGUGCUGUCGCAUUAAAUGCAUGAAGCAAAUUUCACCCCUAUUAUGGGUUGAUUCGCCUAUUAUGGCUGUAGACGUUGAUGUUUGCGAGGAGUUGAGGUGGAAGCGAGUUGGCAUGAAAAGACACGAAGUGAGAUGAUAUACCUACUCCUACGUUAUUAGAUAGACCAUACAUGCAUGUAACAUGUGCAUUAGGCGGCGUCAAUGGAUAAGUACCCCUAGCUAGUUGACUACAUAGCUUAAUAGGACUAUUCAGAGUAAUACAGGUGCGCAUUUGGUUUAU